AUGAUCUUUCCAGUCCAUCUCCACCAGGUGAUCCGCUUGAAUUUCGCUCUUCCCCCGCAGUCCCCUCGCAGUCCCCUCACAUUCCCCUCGCACGACUUGCCUCAUAUCCCCCACACUCCCAUCACACGACCUCCUUCACAUCCUUCAAUUUCCCCUCACAUCCUCCACACUCCCCUCACAUCCUCCACACUCCCCUCACAUCCUCCACACUCCCCUCACAUCCUCCACACUCCCCUACACAUCCUCCACACUCCCCUACACAUCAUCCACACUCCUCUCACAUCCUCCGCAUUCCCCACACAUACUCCACACUCCCCUCACAUCCUCCACACUCCUCUCACAUACUCCACACUCCCCUCACACCCUCCACACUCCCCUACACAUCCUCCACACUCCCCUCACAUCCUCCACACUCCUCUCACAUCCUCCACACUCCCCUCACAUUCUCCACACUCCCCUCACAUCCUCCACACUCUCCUCACAUCCUCCACACUCCCCUCACAUCCUCCACACUCCCCUACACAUCCUCCACACCUGUCUCUUAUACACAUCUAG